AUGGCCACGCCGCCCAUAACCUCUCCCUCUCCCUCCCCAUCUCCCUUUACAACGGCAUCCAUACCGACACAGCCAGAAUUGCCAGUCGAUCUUUCGGCCUUUGAGCUGCUAAUCACUUGCAAUCCUCCCAUCCUCGAGUCACUCCUCGCGCAGCUGUCGACCGCGUCCAUAUUCUACCUCUACCAAACUUCACCAUUCUUGAGAGACUUCUUCUGUAGAUCUCCGACCUCCUGGCGAUAUAUAUCCUGGCGUCUAUAUCAGCCUUCCGUCUCCACUGCUGUGGCCACGAAUAAUAGUACCGGAGUUGGUCCACGCCAGUCUAGUAAUUAUGCACUCGACCAAAUCCUGCUCAACGUCAUCAAUCCGUUCAGCACAAGAUUGGUCAGCCUCGAGCUGGACAACACAGCGGUUAGCGGCGCAACAUUGACUUCUACCGUUCUCGUCUUAAGGAGAGACACGUUGACCCAUGUCUCUGUUCGUGGAUGCAAGAAUGUCUCCCUCAAAUACCACAUCAACCCGUGGCUGCAACUCCACGCACUGGCACGCGCUCGUGAACCUCCACCCGCCCGUGGCUCUCCACCUUUCGGACAACUUGCACUGAAGAGCUUGUACACCUACAGAUGUCGCCAUCACAGAAGAAGACCAUAUCUUCCCAGUAGCCUGGCGCGCAAAGAAAGUGACUCCGAACCCACCCACGAACUCGUGCUGACAUGUCACAAACUGGGUAUAUGGACCGACACCGCUUGGUGCACCACACCCGGUGCACGUUGUUAUCGUCGUCGGGGAUAUGUCAAAAUGCGGAUGCCACAGGAUCCACGGGAAGUCUGGGUGGUCUAUGAUCGACUUUGGCGAAGUAGGAAUUGGCUUGGCCCUACAGAACCCCCGAGAGAUUCUUCCAAUUCACCCGAAAAGAAAAGAAAGCGUGAUGUUCGAAGUUGGGAAUUCGAUGAAGAAGCCAUCAACGGAGAACCCGUCGGUACAGGCCCGGAAGCAAAGGCCACCCCGGCACAUCUACGCCAGUCUCACCGGAAGUUUGUUGAGAACAUCGCCUGUCAUAAUUGCUCAGCUGAGAUUCUCGAAAGGUGCGAACAAUGCUCGGUCAUGAUGCACUGUGCUGGUUGUCGAAAAACCUUGUGUGCCAGUUGUGCUUUUGACAGACCCUACCUACGUAACAAAAAUGCUGCGGAAGAGGACAGGAACAAGUUCUGGUGGGCGCCCGGCUGCGCUGUAUCUCCUUGCUCUAUGCAAGACCAGGAUUUGCCACCUCCCGGUGCUCCUAAUGGGGCUCAAGCGGUCAACUCCAAUGCCCUUCCCAACAUCAAGUUUAAGUGGUGUUGUACUGAGCCUGUGUUCUCUGGAGGUGGUGGGAUAACAUUUGGAAAUAGCUCACAUCGAGAGACGGAUCAAAUACGUGCCGCACCUCUACCACCUGGGCAUGGCUGGGAAGACCCUGAGUUCACCAUUGAUCGAACAGAGGCAGACCUGAUUGAAGAUCCUACAUUGCCUAGCUUGUCUCGACAAAGAAGUACAGGCGAUGGUCUAGGUGGCCGAUGGUCCUCUAUAGACGGACUGUUUCGUACGGCUGGUUCAUUAAGUUCGGGAGAACACCCUUCGGCCUCUGUCCCACGGGUGCUGUGCGACGAAUGCUACAGCUCAGAUCAUUGGAAGCUAAAGUGUCAAGCGUGUUUCACGUCAUUAUGCCUCAAACAUGACAUCGGAGACCGUGUCAAGGCCCGGGUCUGUGGCUUUAAAGAUCUUGCUGUUGAGAAGCAAGAAUACAAAUCUCGACAAAAGGCGAUAAAAGUGCUGGCUAACCUAAUGCGACAACGCAAGGAGAAGGUGUUGGCUAAAGGGUACACUGAUGCCCCAUCAUCAGGCUCAGUCAUUGGCAGCACAGUGCCGCAGAUCUUUCUUGCACCAAAUAUCGCAACAAUGGCGCCCAGUCCAAAUACCACGGCGGCGCCUUUCACAACUGAACAACCCACCAUGGUCUUACAAGAGACUGCAGCGGAGAUGGAAAAUCUGCUUAGAAGCCUUCAUGCGCCUAUUCCUGAGUCUGAGGUCCCGCUCCGACCAAAUUCACCAGCAUCCAACAGUUCUGGUGCUGUUUCCAGGUCGAGCUCACCCACACCAUCCACUCACUCGAAUCCACCUACUCCAGAACCCAGCUCAGCCCCUCGCCGACCCCCAAGGCAUGAAAUGCCACCGAUCCCGCGCUGGCGUGGGUGCCAGUCCUUUUUUUGCCCAACGACGCGUGCUCCCGGCGAUCAUCGGCGCCGCUGCACCGCAGUGAUGCGACAAUGUGUUGAGUGCAAAAUCCACAUCUGUAGUAGUUGUACAGAUGCCUUCGAACCCCCAUGUCCCUGCAAGGGUUGUCGUGCUCCGCAAACGCAGGACGAGCCUGCUUCGCACAUGGCAGCUCCUGCAAAUGCCUCAGAGACACCGCUUUUCUUCUGCCCAAAUUGUAGAUGGCAUCGAAUGGAGGUAGGCAAAUGCAAGAAAAAGUCGGAUGCCUUUUUCUCGGCGCAGUCGUUAUCAUUGAGGAAGAUGAGAAAGAAGAAGGAGAAAAUGCGUAAACCUAUUGAGGAAAGACGAGCAAGCAACAAUAUGUCAGGAGGGUCCUCGAGCGCCGAGGAAGCCAUUGACGGGCUUGUCGAGUUUUUCACUUGCCUCAAUAUCCAACUUCAAGGUAUCCAAGCUCAAGAGAGCAGUGAAUCCAACCCUGCUGGUUCUGCAUCUGACGAUCCCAAUAAUUAUGCUAGCCAAAAUGAUAUUCAAGAGUUGGAAGACAUGGGUGCUCUGGCUCGAGACUUGAUACUUCGGAUCCAAAGACUUAGAGAUCAGUUCAUUCCUGGUUCUCUUGCAGCGCGGGCUUUGCCUGACAUACGACUUCAGGAUGGAGCUGAAUCUGCCGAAGCCAUGGCUGCUAUUGUAGCUCUCGGUGGUGAUGAGGCCGAUGACGCUUUACCUGAGACGAUUGGUACGACCGAGGUUGAUACCGAUGAGCUCCCUGCUGAUGAAGCAGCACAGCAUGAGUCGGGUACGGAUUAA